AUGUCGUACGAACGAACGUACCGCACAACCACCACAACCCGCAAUCGCGGAGGACGAGGUACGAAGCAUGCAGUGCCUCCACCAAGCUGUACUGUCUCCGGCGGGCUGUAAACAUCCAGUCCCCGGUGACUAUUGUGUGGCAUUGCACUUGAUUGACUCGACGCAUCGAAACUGACAAGGCGACAGGAUAUCUACCUCCACCUCCUCCGCCUGGCUCACACAGUCGCCAACACUCGGUACUCGGCUACUGGGUGCCUUUGGUUACGAUAGGGACGAUCGCGGUUGGAGGACUGGCAGCAUGGGUCUGGUCAGAAAGAGAGAGCAACGGCGAUGGCGAUUAUCCUCACGAGAAGCCACCAAGGCCAUCUACUGGUAUGGGGGGCCCGUACCCAACUCAAGGCGCACAGCCCUACCCAGGUCCACCUCCGCCAGGUGUAAUUCCACUGCAAGACCAGACAACCCAAGGAAUACCUCCUCCUGUGGGAGCUCAAGCAUCGUACCAGGGUGAAGCAUCGAGCUACUACAAUCAAUCUUCUUCGCAGACAAGAGACGUUCACGAUGAGCAGACAUUCUUCGGCAGAAUGAGUGGGGUCGUACGGAGGACACCCAGCCCACAACAAUUCUUCGAUCAUGCAUCGAAACAAGUAACUGCUGGAUUGGCCGCUGCGGGCUCAGCGCUUGGCAGCAUAAUGGAGGUGGAUAGUAAUGAUGGUCAUGCAUAUGAAGACCGGCGCGAAAGGAGCAGAUCGAGGCAUGAAGAGCGUGAAGGUUUUAGUGAUCAUGAGCGGUGGAGCGAGGAGGCUGAGGAAAGGCAAAGAAUAUCCGAGAUCAAGACGGAGAGCGAUAAGCGCGCCGGUGUCCGCGAAGAAAAGUCUAAGGGCAGGUCGAAGAAGGCUGUAGCUGUGGUCGUGAGCGCAGACGUUGGCGGGGAUGACAGCCACGACGAAGAAGAUUUCCACACUGAACAUGGCGUAAGUCUCUACACUCUACGAUUUGGGGCCUCGAGCUAACGUGCGGCAGUCCAUCCUCUCUCAUCUACCAACCCAGCAUGACCCCUCGCGUACCGACCUCUACGUCCUCAUCUACGCUCCCGGCCUCAAGUCGCUUCCUCCCGUCAAUUUUCAACCUGGCAAGGCACCUUCUACACUGAGCUCAUCCUACUCCGAGAUCAACACUCCAGCCCAAACUCCCGGGUCUGAGUUGCAGUCUAUUUCUCCCCGCAUUGACGCUACGGACUUGAACACCAAGCACUUCGAAGCCCUCUACAACCAAGCGUUGUCUCUGGUAUCGCAUCCUACCCAGAUUCUACCAUUCACAACACCCGACGGCUAUGUCCACAUGCUGCGUCACCUUGCACCUCAGCUCGUCUAUAUGAGUGACACUCUGAGUGGCCGGGAAGGCGAAUUAGUUGCCCAGCUCAAGGGCUGGGUCGGACACACGGUGCUUGUGGUUGGUGACGAAGGACAUGGUGGUCUUGCCGAUACGGAGACGGAAACGGAAGACGAAAGAGAUGGGAAGAGGGAACGACGAAGGUGGUGGGAGCACUCGAACUUUGUCGGUUUGGGCAAGGAGGUCGACGUUGUUGAUGCGAUGAGAGUAGGCGAUGACUGGUCCAAGAGAGUCGGCGGAAGGGAGUGA